AUGGAUGCAGUGGAGUACAACUACAGAACAAUUCUGAUUGAUGAUGCAUCUCGAGGGAUAUCUGUGGGUGAUAUCUCAAAUACUCAAAACUACCUGCGGGAAAGGCAUGCCCUUGUUGUAGACUCUUCUCGGGUGAAGGACAUGGUGCUCGGGAGAGAUCGAAACCCAGUUCUGGGUUAUGCUGCAGCUAUUCGACUUCGCAAGGCCUACAAGGACUCCGAGAAGGAGAAUCAUUCUGCAUGAAAGAUGUAUGUGCUCCUUAGAACUAGAUGGUCCGUCCAACA